CCAAGGCCGAUCAUCUUGCGCCGUUCCGUUCUAGGCCGCCUCCCCCCUGUAAGGUUACAUUGUAUGCACCGCUUGUCGCACGUUGUCUCAUUCACACCGUACCAAGUGACAUUUCGGUUAAACAACCACAGCCCAGCCGGCGUAUAUAGCGUUGCGUGCUUUCAUUCUCGGUGACUCUCUGCUCUGGCCAUUCACUACCACCCGCUUGCUUACAAUGCACCCCUCCAAAGCAAAACCGCCUAACUCAUCCCAGUAUGAGCCGCUUUCCCUCUCUGACAACGACAACGACAACGACAAUGGCGAGGGCUCGGAUACCCCUCUCGCCACGCUAUCUUCCUCUGAGGACUUACCCGAGCCGUGUCAAUCGCCCUCCCAGCCGGCCCCGCUCCUCGUGUACUUAUCCUUAGCGCUGGCACUGGUCUCAGCGGUAAACAUGUUAUUGCUUCCUGCUGUGUUAUCCGAGUACCGGGCCCACCCGUUUUCCAUCUCCCAACUCGCAGCGCUCCCGUACGGCGACGCCAGGGUAGGCUUAGACAAGGUUGCGCAUCUCGUCCCGUCUAAAGUCUAUCACCAUGCGUGGCCGGAUAGAAUUGUGCGGGUGAGUCGCAAGCUGAAGAAAGCCGUGUGGGGUCAGGGCGUACAAGUCUAUGUCACCGUCGAGGAUUCAACAAUUAUGCGCUUUCCUAUCUCCCCGGCUGCUACUGGAAGCACUAACACCUGCGCUUUGUCGUGGCGACCGCCUCCGGAGUAUUCGGUGCGCACCAAGGAUCUGACAACCAAAGGCGAUAUAACAGAAAUCGAGGUUUGGCAGCUCAUUGCACCGUCAGCCACUAACUCUUCUACAAUGGACGAGCUUGACUACGACACCUUGUCGUAUUCAACCAUUCCUGUUCGCGGAGAGCUACUCGGCGUGCUAGAUCUUACUGGCCGGCCCAACAGCACAACAGUUGAGUUUGCGUGUCCCAGCCACGACGAGAGUCUGGUGGUGGAGAUGAAAUGUCAACGCGUGGCCUGCCAUGUAAGCUUCAAGCAAGUUGAUAUUGCACCCACUUUCGGCUUUGAGUUGGUGACAAGGAGGAAACAAGUGAGACAGCAAAGCUAAGGCUGGUGACAUGGAUCUUAAGCUCGCUUAAACCGCCAUUUAUAUAAUACAAACCCAUAUGUACUGUUCUUCAUUGUUCCCCGUACUCCAUUGUUAUAAUUUAUGUAUUACCCAGCCACUCA